GCUGUUGCUUGGGCGAGGCUCAGCGUACACGGGCGUUGUGAGCACACACAGACGUGUAACGGGCUGCUCAAAUCGGUGCGAUAGCGAUUGCAGCGCUACAUCGAUUUGUGCCGACUCCAGGUGAGACUGCACACUGCACUGUGACUGCAGAUGGCUGCUCAGACCGCAUCGCUCGACGGCGCCACGGAAGUCCGCGACGUGCACUUGAAAGUCGACACGCGCUUCGCGAACGUGAAAGUAGUCGGCGAGGAGGGCAUGGAGGCGAGAGACAAAAAUAUGCCGCGCAACCUCCACAACGCCGCCGAGCUCUUCCUGCGCUGCGGUCUUGUCGGAAACGCCGAGAAGCUGCAGGAGACGACGAACGCCAUGUACGCCGCGGCGUCUCGCGAGGCGCCUUCAUGGCUGGUCACGUCUGCUGACGUCGCAUCGAUGGCGUGAACGUCAACACACAGGUUCAAAAUCCUCGCGUCAGACCCCGACGGCGCGGCGCACUCGCUGGGGCGGGGCGCGGUCUGCUGGUCUUGUGGGUAUUGCGGCCUGGCGAAAGACCCGGAAGCGAAGGCACCGGUCUGCGGCGCCUGCGGCGCCGACGACGCGAAUUGGCUCCGCGUCCUCGCCGACAAGAAGCAGGAGGUGCCCUGGAUCCAGGCCAAGACGCUGACGCCCGAAGAAGCCGCGCAGCGCAAGCAGGCGGAAAUCGCGGCGAAGCGCGCCGAGGUCGAGGCGAACGUUAAAAAAGCACUAGCAGAACGGAGUAAGUCAUGAUGUGUCAAAAUUAGCAAAA